UGGAGGUUGUCCGCACAGCCCCAAGAGCUGGAGUGUAGUGCUCUGAUGGAGUGUAUUUCCUCCCUCUCUCUCACUCAUCAGAAUCGUGGUCUGAAGUUACAUCUAUUUGUCUCUCUCAUCGUCUAUCAUCGUCGAUCAUUUGCACGUUUGUUUACAUUUGUGUGGGUGUUUGAUUUUAAUCUUUUUUUCUUUUGUUUUGUAGAUGAACAUCAAGAAGGCAGGGGAAGAGAUUGUGUCUGAGACAUUCACAUGGCUGAUCGAAAACUUCUCUAAGCUCCAGACCGGCAAGAAUUACUCCGACGUUUUCACCAUCGCUGGUUUCAAAUGGAGGAUGCUUAUAUGGCCGAAGGGCAACAAAGUAAAAUCCGAAAUGCAGUUCUCCGUGUACUUGUGUGCUCCAAUUGCUUCAACUUUGGAACCUGGUUGGGCUAGAUCUGCCGAUUUCAGCUUGAGUGUGGUCAAUCAACUGGACAGCACCAAGACAAUCACGAAGGUUACGAAGGGAUGUAUAAAAGAGUUCAAAGAAAACAGCAGGGAGUGGGGCUUCAAAUCGUUCAUGCCUCUCAGUGAGCUUUAUGACAUCAGUGCAGGUUCUCUUGUGAAUGAUACAUGUAUUGUCGAAGCCAAGCUUAAUGUCUCAAUCAAGACUGGAGACCAAGGAAGUAAUGUUUCUGCAAGUUUGGAGCACUCAGGGAAAGAACUUUCCACUGUGAAUUCUGUUCAAGCUGCAGACUCUUCACCGGCGGCUAAGACACCACGUUCUGAAUUCCAGCAUACGCCAAGUUCUGAAAAAGUUUGCACUACGCCAGCUGAUGAUGGCCCUACUGACCCUUCUCUGGUCAAGGAACUCGGGGAAGUGCCCACCAACCUAACGGGUGAGCUUAUGGAAUUUAGGGGCUUAGGACAAAUCAAGAAAGCUUUUGUUCCGCUGCUGGAGGAAGUUUGUUCGUUGCAUCCUUCAUUGAUUGAGUGCCUACAUAAGAGAAAUCGUAAGGUUGUUGAAUGCGCGUUCACAGCUUUAGGGGGAGUCUUGCAUUUCCUCAAGACUGCGAGGGUCAAGGAUAUGACUAAGGAUGGCUCUGCACUCCUUCAAAGCUUAUGGGAGGAUGUUCAGAUGUUCACAUUUGACUUGGCGUGGCUGGAGCCUCAUGUUCGAUCAGCUUUGGCCAUGAAGCAGCACCUGGAAAGGGCAAGGAGAGUGAAAAGACUGAGAGAAGAUAUGGAUCUAUUGGGUAAUGAGUUGAAGAGGAAGCGCGCUGCGAUAGCUAUUACAGAGGUGGAUUUUAAGGAAACGAAAAGAGACUUGGAAAAGGAGGAAGAGGGCUUCGUUGCAAUAGAUAUUGAUAGCCAGCUGGGUUAUGGAACUCAUUAGUCUUACUGUUGAAGCUUCUUGUGGGUUGUAUGGGAACAUUUUGCUCUUCUUCUAGAAUUUGAUCUUCGAUAUAAGUUGUAGGAUGACAGUAUCAACUCCCGGUAUGAUCGGUUCGGCACGACGCGGGAGUUGAUAGGUAUUAUGCAUUUGUUUUAGUUUGUACUUGAAUUUUUUUCUUUUGCGAAAAAUGCGUUAUUCUCGGAUAUGUUUCUGUUAAAGUCUUAAUGUUUCUUAAUCUUAUU